GAUGACUCUGUGAGGGGAUUCAGGGGAAGGGGAAGAGGGGGGCGACGGCCGAGAAGAAAUAGAUCCCACACUCCACACAGGACCACAGAAAACACUUUACCUUCAAACUUAGUCCAUGUUUACGAUGAUGACAACGAUAGAGAAGACGAAAGGGAGCAAAUGCACACCUUGCCAAUCUAUGACUCGUCAGAAUUCGACGACACUAGCCAAGGAGGAUCGCAGCGAAGAAGAGGUGGAAGAGGGAGACCAAAUUUUCGAGGGAGGGGUAGAGGAGGAGAAUCAUACAGAGGUAGAGGAUCAAGCUCGGAUUCUAGUGGAGGAAGAGGUGGUGGGCGUGGUCACUCCAGAGGUCAAAGAUCAAACUAUGGUCACCGCAGUGGCAGUCAAUCCAGAACAAGAAUGAUGGGGUACAAAAGACUGGAAGAACUAGACCUUGAAGACGAUCCCGACGACGUCCUUCUUCAGUUGGUUACAACCAGAAACGGAUUUGAAGAUUUGCUUGAAAAAGAAUUACAAAAGGAUUGGAUGGUCCUAAUUGUGGCGAUUUUGGUAAAAGCAUACAAAUCAAACAAAGAACAAAAUUGUAUGGAACUUACAAAAAUUUUAAGCUCAAAGAAUCUUAUAUCAAACCAUAUUUUACGUUUUUUGUGUAAUGUCGAAAUUGGUAUAUUUGAAUUUCCUGAUGACAAAAUGGGGAAGGUGCUAUGGAACAUGACCCAGUUGACCCUUAUUUUAUUUCAACGUAUGCAAAGCAGUGUGUAUUUGCUUAGCACCGUCUUGGAUAUAUUGGAGAGAUUGGUAUCCCAUAAAUACAAAACCAUUUGCAUUAUAUCCUGUCCAGACAUAUUUAAGCAGCUUGAUAUAUUGAAUGAGGUAAAAGAUGCCAUGAAACAAAAGUAUGUUAAAAUUCAAGAAGAAUCGGAGAAACCAAGAAGACAUCCUCCGUCCACAGAGCAGGAGCCACCAGAUGAUUUCCGAGAAUUAUCUGUUCUCCCAACUCUUCAAGACCUGCAGUUUGACAGAAAACCUUUUUUGCGAUGCAACAGAACUAAAGGGGGUUAUGAUAAUCUGCAACAGUACCUAGACAUACAAUUUCGCCUACUGAGAGAGGAUUAUUUGCAUCCUUUGAGAGAGGGAAUUCUUGAUUAUCGAACAGAACUUGAAAAAUUCAAAAACGUGAAAGGAAAACGACAAACAGACAUCAGAAUGUAUGAGAAUGUGGAGAUACUUCGUCCACUGUGUUCCAAACAUGGAGUCAGACACGUCAUAAAAUUUGAUAACACUAAACUGACUCACGUACGCUGGGAAUCGUCGAGAAGAUUGCUAUUUGGGUCAUUACUUUGCCUUUCGUCGGAUGGAUUCCAGACAAUGUUGUUUGCCACGGUAACUGAAAGGAAGAUCACAGAUUUGCAAAAUGGAAUAGUGGAAGUUCAAUUUACAGAAGAGACAGAAACAUAUGCUCUCUCCACACAGACAUACGUCAUGGCGGAAACAACAGCCUAUUUUGAAGCUUACAAAUACAUACUUCAAGGAUUACAAGAAGUUGGAGAUGAAAUGCCACUGCAGUCGUGUAUUGUUCAUUGCAAGCCAAAUGCAAAACCCCCAAAGUAUUUGUUAAAAGGUGGAACUGUGAUACCGUAUGAUUUCAGUCCUCUUUUAAAUACUGAAAGGAGAGCCCAAGUGUACAACUGUCCAGUACUUAGGACAAAUAGAUGGCCUUCAGCUAGAGAUAUUGGAAUGGAUGAUUCACAACACAAGGCAUUACAAAUGGCAAUCACAAAGGAAAUUGCAAUCAUUCAGGGACCUCCAGGUACAGGCAAAACAUACGUUGGACUCAAAAUCGUUGAACUUUUACUGCACAACAAAGAGAGGUGGACUGAAAACGUAAAAAUGGAUCCUAUUUUAGUGGUAUGCUAUACCAAUCAUGCGCUAGAUCAAUUUCUUGUGGGGAUAUCCAAGCACUCAGAAAAAUUAGUUCGAAUUGGCGGAAGAUGCAAAACACCAGAUUUAGAAGAAUUUACUCUACAAAGCUACCGGAAAGAGGCUCGUGAAGAUAGGUCUAUUUCGAGGACGAUCCAUGAAAAAAAGUCUGAUUGUCUUAAAAACAUGUGGAAUUGCAGAGAACAAAUAGAAUGUGUCAGUAAGAAAUUAAAAUGUGCAAAACAAGGUAUUCUGCGUCUUGAUGAAUUAAGACAUUUUAUGGACAAUGACCAUGUGCAAAGCUUAAGUUUCCAAAAUAUUGCAUUUGAAAAUGAAUUGUUUAUGGCCAAAAUGCCAGGAAAUCGAUUAGACGAAUGGCUUGGUUUUAAUGCAGACAUUGCAUUUGAUCCAAAUGACAUUGAAAAUCAACGAAAAAAUAUGCUGAUGACAGAAUGGGAAGAGGAACUAACAAAUGGAUCUCAAAUAGAGAGGUUAACAAAAGACGAGGCAAGACAAGUAAAACAACCGUGGCAACUAUCUUUGCAAGACAGGGGAUCUUUAUAUAAGUAUCUUUUGAUAGAAUUCCAAGAUUUUUUAAGUAACGAGAUUAUGGUUCUUGCAAACCAAACUGGAAAACCCAAGGUUUCAAAAAAGCAACAAAAAUCUCCAAAUAUGCAGAUAGAUGAACUUUCAAAACUUCGCACAAGAAGUGAAAAGGUUGUCUUACAGUCCAAAAUAUUGGUUGAACAUAUUCCCAAAUAUUUGAAGAGAAUGCCAAAAAUGAUUCAAGAUCAGGGUGAUAUUUUGGACUGGUUGUGUCUUGAUGGCUCACCAGAAAGCUGCAGCCGAAUCGCAGAAGUUCUUAAGGAGGAAUGCGUAUAUGCGAAAGAAGAGGGAGAAUUGGAAGACGAAGAAAGAAGAUUGGAAGACGAAGAAGAUGAAAACGACGAUGAACUUCGAUUCUUUUCUGAAUACAGCAAUGAAACUGAAACAAAUCCGUCCCAGAAUUUAAGCGAAGCAUCCCUUGCAAUACUCUACAGUAGUAUGGAUCGAUCGUCAGAUACGGAAGGCUGGGUCCAUCAAAUUAAUCGCAACAAAUUGCGUCGAAAUCUUAGGAAAAUUAUUGACAGCAGCGAUAUUAUGAGUGAAAAAGACGUUGAAAAGGUAAAAAAUGUGUGGAAACUUGAUUCACGUGAUCGAGAGAGGCUUUAUCGUUAUUGGUUAAAGUGCUAUACCACCAAUAUGAAAGAUUCCAUAAAGGAAGCAGAGAAACAGUAUGACGAUCUUUGCAAAGGUUAUAGAGAAGUCCUAGAUGCCGAGGAUGUAGAAAUAAUGAGAGGAGCUGACGUCAUAGGUAUGACUACAACAGGUGCAGCAAAAUACAGGAAUAUCCUGCAAGCUAUCAAACCAAAAAUCAUUAUUGUUGAGGAAGCUGCUGAAGUGUUGGAAUCACACAUCGUUACUACAAUUAAUUCAAACUGUCAACAUCUCAUUCUGAUUGGCGAUCACAAACAACUGCGUCCUACUCCUACAGUUUACCAUCUUGCAAAGAAAUUUAAUCUUGAUAUUUCAUUAUUUGAAAGAAUGGUUAAUAAUGAAUUGAAUUAUGUGACAUUAGGCAUUCAGCACAGAAUGAGACCGGAAAUAUCAAUGUUAAUGAAAUAUGAAGAUCUCUAUCCAAAUCUCGAUGACCAUGAGGACGUGAAAAAGUACGAACAUAUCAAGGGUGUAAUUUCCGAUGUUUAUUUCAUUAACCACAACGAACCAGAACUGGAACAAAGGGAGACGAAAAGCAAAUCAAAUAUCCAUGAAGCAAAGUUAGUCAAAAGACUGUGUAGAUAUUUUCUGCAGCAAGAUUACGAUCGAAGCCAAAUAACAAUUCUUACAGCGUACACUGGUCAAAUUCUUGCAUUGAAAAAAGAAAUGCCGAAGCACGAGUUUGAAGGCAUACGCAUCACAUCGGUAGACAACUUCCAGGGCGAAGAAAACGACAUCAUCAUACUUUCACUUGUUCGUAGCAACAACUUGGGUAGCACAGGAUUUUUAAAAAUAGACAAUAGAAUUUGUGUUGCUUUAUCAAGAGCUAGAAAAGGAAUGUUUGUAAUAGGCAAUUUUGAUCUCUUGUGCUCCGAGAGUGAAUUGUGGAAGUAUAUAGUAAAGACGAUGGAUGCAAACGGGAAUUUCGGAAGAAGUCUUGUACUACGGUGUGGAAACCACCCUAGAAAUAGUGUUCGUGUCAGUAGAGAUACGGACUUUGAUCAGGUACCAAAUGGAGGCUGUUCUCUGCCUUGUAAUUACGAUCUGAAUUGCUCUCAUAAAUGUGGACAAAUCUGUCACAUUUCUGACCCAAAGCAUGAACAUUACAAGUGUCUACAACCAUGUUUGAAGAAAUGCUUAAAAGGACAUAGCUGUCCACGAAAAUGCUUCCAAGACUGUGGUGACUGUCCUGUGAAGGUCCCAAAAAUAAUUCCUUCCUGUGGACAUAUUGAAAGUGUCCCAUGCUCUGUGGACGAAAAUACAUGGACCUGCAAAUCUCAAUGUGGAGAAAUUCUUCCUUGUUUACACAAAUGCAAAGGGGAAUGUGGUAUUUGCAAAUUGAAACCUACUCAUAAAAAAUGUGAAGAAACUUGUGAGAGACGCCUCACUUGUGGUCACUUUAUUCUUACAAAGUGCUUUGAAGACGUGGAAACUCUUACUUGCAAAAGAGAGUGCGGCGGUGAUCUUGAGUGUGGUCAUAAGUGCAGCGGAACCUGUGGUGACUGUCAACAAAGUCGAUUACACAUUCCAUGUCAAUCAAAAUGUGGACGAAAACUUGUAUGUGGGCAUAUAUGUACAAGACCUUGUAUUGAAGGUUGUCCACCUUGCAACCAAAAAUGUCGAACUGUAUGCUCUCAUAGAAAUUGUAAAGCAAAAUGUGGAGACGCCUGUGAAGAGUGCAACAAGCCUUGUAGUCGAUCCUGUGAACAUCAGGAAUGUCCUAAUAGGUGUGAUGAAAAGUGCAGUAUACUGCCAUGUUCGAAAAGCUGUUCAAAGAAGCUUCGAUGUGAACAUGAAUGCUUAGGAGUUUGUGGUGAGAAGUGUCCACCAAUCUGCCAAACAUGCCAUCGUAUAAGUUAUGAAGGUUCUAUGGACACAAUAGACAAUGACACACGUUUUGUAACAUUGAAUUGUAGUCACAUCUUUAGUGUUAAUUCAAUGGACUUGUACAUGUUUAACCCUGCAAAGAUUCAAAGUUCUUCAGUUCCUAUAGGGAUUAGGCAGUGUCCAGCGUGUGCAUCGCAAAUAACAAAAAGCAUGAGAUACAAGUCAGUAAUUGAGGAAAUCAGAAAGGACAUAGAAGUUGUUAAGAAGAAAAUAGCAAGUGACGAUAUCUUUUCUCUUAAGAGGGGAGUAAACUACAUUAAAGAAAGAUCAGUCUUGUUGAGAAAAAAGGACUCAGAGGCUGUUGAUCUAAUCAUCAAACAACUUGAAGAGAAAACUAUGUUGCCUAAUGAAAAAGUGACUUUAGCUCACUUACAGACAGUAAUCCUAGAAAUAAUUUAUCACAUUUUCCAAGCGAUUCUUCAAUCUGACAUUGAAGGCACUAAAGAGGAAAAAUUAAUCGGAUCACAGUUAACAAGGAUUCGCCAGUGGUUGUUUGAAAGUGUAUCUACUGUUACCGAAAACAAGAAAAAGAUACAAAAGGCAGGAAAGCGAACAUGCUUUUCAAAGCAAGAACUUCUCGACGUUCGUAUGGAAUUGCUACGACUUGCGUAUCAGGUCCAGUUUCUGAAACUAACCAAUCGAUCACGUACAGACAGAGACGACAUCAGAGAUAAAUAUGGUCCUAUAGUUGAUUUACUAUUAAAGGAAAAAUCGCCACUCUUGGAGAAAAAGUAUCAGAGAAUCCGUUUAUUGGCAAGGGCAUACGGUGUAGGACUUGACGACAGAGUAUUUGAUGAGUUGCUUAACCUUGAAGAUCUGGGUAGUCGAAGAACAUGGCAGUAUGGGACGUGGUAUAAAUGCAAAAAUGGUCACGUUUCCAAUACCUACAAAGAAGAGGAGCAGUGUUCAUCUUGUACUCUCUUAAUUGGAAAAAAGACCUACGUUGAGACAGUCCCUCCGAGACGAAUUGUAUCAGUACCUAUACCAGAGGAUCAGAGAAAGAAAUCAAUGCAUUUUUCUGACUACAAAGAAAAUGUCGAAAGUAAAAUACGAUCAAGCAAGGAAAACUCGGAAUUUUCAACAGAUGAUUCAAAAUCAGCUUCUCGUGAAAUUACUUUUAAAAAUGCAGUGAAAGGAUCAAGCAGAAGUUCUAAUGACACCAUGUUAGAAUUUACUCCAAACAUAAAACCAAAAUCUUUCUCUGGCUCGGAGACAGCUACUCCAAUACAGGAAUUUGAUAACGAAGACUUAAAAUGGAGUCCAUCCUUGAUUUCGGAAUAUUCCUCAAACGCAAAGCAUUUAGACAGACACUCAUUUGUUGGGGCAGUUCCAAAAGACACAAGACAAAACAUUCACAAAACAGAGCAAGAGACUAAAAUAAAUGGUUCUCUGAACAUACAACCAGAAACAAAGUAUGCAUGGCAGAAAACUAACCUCAAACCAAAAGAAGAAAAUGAUGUUUAUAACCCCACAUUUUCUAAACCAGUUCUUUCAUCACUAUCGACCAGUGAUGGAAAAGAUGUCUACACCUCAAAAGAACUUCUCUUUAUUCAAUCAAAUCCCCCCAUUAGGAGCGCUGAGCAAAGUGCUCCAAGAAUUAGACUUGAUAAAGGCAAAGUGAUUAAUGAGACUGAUGACCAGGUAGGGAAAUUAUCUUCAUCACAGAUAUCUGAAAGAAAGGGAAAGUCCAUGCGCAGUCCUAUAGAUAUCGAUAUCAGCUUUGAUCUUGCCAACGAAAACGAAGCUCAAGUAGCAGUUACAAAGACGAACCGCAAAGAACCAACAUCGUCUAGUCUGGAAGAAAAGUCAACAGCGGAUAGACACCAGAUUCAUUCACUCCCUAGAUGUCCAAAAGGUCAUCUAAUGCUUCGAAACGAAACCCAGUGUCGCUGGUGCAGCAAAAAUUUUGAGAGCGCGGUCUAGAGCUGAAUAAUUUACCCAGACCAACAAGAA